AUUGGGGCGGGGCAGGGCACCGGGGCACGGGGGGUGCCACCUACUCACUUUUCGCAGGUAUAGAGUGAGUAGUGCCUGCGUACCUGCAGCGUCGCAGCCAAAGGCCAAUUUGGUGCUUAGAAGAAAAGCUUGAGUGAGCGCUCGAGCCUCGCCCAGGCUCGGAAUUUCGUCUUUUUCCAGCUCGAAGGUUUGCCCUUCUUUCUGCCCUUCCCCUUUCCGUUUCUUCCCCACCACCAGCCCCACCCCGACCCCGCUGCCUUGCAACGGGCUGGGCGCCUGCGGGGUUCGUGGGAGGGCGCGGGGGCGGGCAGGCUGCUCGCUCGCUUGCUUGCUUGAUCCUCGCCUGAAGGCGAUGUGUGAGCCAUUCCAUUCCUCCCCGCACACCUUCAUCCCUUCCAUUGCAGCAGCAGCAGCAGAAGCAGCUCGUACUGCCUGCCUGCCUCGCCUGUCCCUUUCUCUCUCCCGACGGAGGGCUGCUGUCGAUUUCAGCUGCUAGCACCUCCCUCGUCCCCCACCUCCCGGCUCAGCUGCUCUGCUGUUUCAUAGCUGCUCCCUCGCCUUUCCUAAUUCCCCACUCCCCUCCCCUCCCCUCCCCUCCCCUCCCCUCCUCCCGCAUCGCUCUUCCUCCUCCACUCGUCUCGUCUCGUCCAGCUUUCUCUUACUUUCCAAGUAACUCGACUCGUUUACCUCCGUCUCUCUGCUGCCGGGCCCGUUUCCAGUCCCACAGUUCCCGACUCGGUUCUUCGUUCUCCUCCCCUUCCCCGCCUCCCUCUUUCACGCGGUCCGUCGUCAGCCCUCCCUUCUUUUUCUCUCUCUCCCUCUUGUCCUCAGUUGCGAUUUGCAGGGUCUUUGGAGUGUGUCGGUGCAGUCCCUGCGUGACUGCAGUCACAUCAUUUCUUUUUUUUGCUCGUACUCUCGUCGGCCCUCGCGAUUGUUUCGUGGUUUGUCGUCGUUGCCACUGCUGCCAUUGUGUUGUGCUGUGGGUGUACGUGGUGCACUCGGAGAGAAAUGCUCAGCAAGAUUUCUGCCAUUGCCAGCACGCGGCGGCAUCUGCCAUAAUCUCUAAACUCUGCGGUGCUCCAUGACCGGCAGAGCUUUUGUUCCAGGAGAGGCGGAGUAGAGCUCGACUUCGAAUCUGAUUAUAGUGGAAGAUUUUAGAGCAGGAGUACCAGGAUGGGUAACAGGGUUUGAUAUUUGGCUAAGGGUUUUCAAGACGUUCAGAGGCGUCCGGGUGUUGGUGUACAUCUUUCUGAAUGUCUGGGGAAAGUGACGACCUAUUCUCUCCCUCUGCCGGGUUGUUGUUUCCGGACAUCACUGACAAUGCCGACGACCUGGAUUUUACGAAGGAUUUUUUUUCCGAUGCUAUCAGCAACUCCAAUGACCUCAAUGCGAAUGCAUAUGACGGCAUGGGAGGUGAUGACUUGAUAGCGGACUUAGAACGUCAGGAUGAUUUUUCAAGGUUGGGACCCUCAGACCUCGGCGAUGGCUCGUCAUUCGGAGUGGACGUCGAGCACAAAAGCGGCUUGGCAGGGCCUCCUCCGCCGUCGUCGCACAACAAGCCUUUUGCAAAUGGGCAGGUUUUGCCCACGUACGGAAACUUUCAAAAGCCUUCUAUCAAUUUGGCCCACAUGAACUCUGGCUAUGGUGCUACUGGCGUAUCGGACAUGUACAUGCACAGGAACGGGAUCCCUGUACUGGCUUCUCCUACUUCACCAGCUCUAAAAUCUGGUGGCAUGCUUUCUCCGGGGGCCACCUCGGACAAACUAAAUUGCUUGUCGUUGGAUCAAAUUGCUUAUGGAGGUUACCGGUGCCAACCUUUCGAUGUCAACAAGGGUGUCUCUCGAUCAUUCUCGAAAGGAGGGCCGUUUUCUCCUGGGCUAGUGCCUCAUAGCCCAGCUGGAGACAAGCGCUUUUGCUCCUCUCCACUUUCUUCCCCUACUGUACAAGCUUCUACCCAACACAGCAAUUCGAAUGGAAUUUCUUCCUUUGCCUCCGGCAGCGGAGGACAGGAGAUUUCUAAUGGAGAUGUCAUGCAUUCGUCCUCCUCUCACGCUGAUGCCACCUCUCCCCGAGGUCUAGUUAACGUCAUUGAGUCAAAAGACUCUGUCGAUGGGAUGCUUGUGUCCGAUGGCAGCAUGAAAAUCUCUCAAAGUAAAUCGAUAUUCUCUUCUGCUGGCUUUAGGAUGCCUACUCCUGUAGAUAGUGGUGGAUUUGUAUCUCAAGUUGACUCUAGCGGAGAUGGACUGCGCCCUCUACCUUCAGUAAUGCACCCGUCCCGACCUCCAAUCAUGCAGAGGAGCUUCAGUAGCCAUGCCCUCGGCCAGCUCAGGACAUUAGCUCCUUCAUCGCAAGGCAAUGAUCAAUCAGCGCUUAACUUUUCACAGAGAAUGGCUCCCCUUGACACACCUAGUCGACUAAGCAACGGGAGCGGUAGCCCACACCUGCAACCCCAGUUGUCGGACUUGCAGAACAUCCACAUGCGACCGCUUAUGCAGUCCAUGCGGAGGGUGCACAGUACUGGAGACAUACAGACGCUAAAUGGCAUGGCCGGAGGCGCUAGCAGUCCAUCCUCCCUGGAUCGAAGCUACGAAGACGGUGGUUUCAAAAUAGGCCGCUAUACUAUCGAGGAGCGGAAGAUAAGGAUACAUAGAUACCAACAGAAGCGAACGCAAAGGAAUUUUAACAAGAAGAUCAAGUAUGCUUGCCGGAAGACAUUGGCAGAUAGUCGGCCUCGAGUAAGAGGACGAUUCGCCAAAAAUGACGAGGUGGGAGAACCAUUGAUGAAAGCAAAACAUGAGGAUGAGGAUGAGGAAGAGGGUGACAUGAUAUACGAAGAGGAGGAAUUUUUCGUUGACGAGGACUCCUCAGGAGAUCUUUCUGAAGUUUUAGGAAUGAAUGGAGUGAAGUUAGAGCACCCUCCGGCGAAGGGGAUUAAGCUAGAGCAUCAUCACAAUGAUCGCAACCAGCUACUUCAGACAUAACCCGAACAGAAUUCAAAUGUGAGGGAAACUUUUUGUCUCAAGCUUUGACCCAAGAGAGCAUCAGGAUGACUGGAACUAAGCAGGCAACCACGACGAUCACUGCAACACUUUCAAUCGAGACUGGAUCUGAUCUGUAGCUCUGCCAACAGAGCAGGGCCUCACUUCUAUUUUGGAAGGGAUGUUGCAAGAAAGGUAGACAUAAGUAGCUGUGCAAUGAGUAGUUUUCUGCACAUGUAUGUUCCAUGGUGGGUGGACUGAGAUUCUACAUCUUCUGUGGACGACAGAAGGUCUUCGCGGAAACGAAAGUUCCAAGAAAUUUUGAACGAUAUAAAUACACGGGGUUUUUCAUUCAUCCUCCUUUCUCGGAAUCAACACCAGUUAGUAACUGAGGGAUGUGGACGGUCCUCACUGCGACUCGAACGAAAAAACGUACACGCAGUGCGCGCAUCCUUGUUUCCCAGCAUAAAGUUUUGCGAAAAUAAUCUUCACCAGAACUUCAGCUGGAGUUGGGCUGCGGGAGGACAUUGUGUUCCCGUCCACACUUAUUGAAGGGUGAUAAGAUGUGGAAGCAGAACGCAUCAAACAAAAGUGUCAAAUUACCAAAUAUGCUUGAACUAUUUUGUUGCAAUUAAUACUUUGUCAUUUACGUAAUCGUCACAAUAGAUGCACAUGGACCUCACGGAGACAAUGUAUGUCUCCACGAGGUAUAGUCUAACCUUUAGUUUUUCCAACAUGGAACUUAGGCGUGCAUGUUGCUGUUAAAAAUUAAGGUCAUUGGUCACUCCAUGAGCUUUGCAUUCAUGCUCCAUUCUUAAAUUCUUUGUCUUGUACACUGAAUUUGAAUUAGCUGCCGACGCGUCAUAUAAUCCUGAGAGCAAACAAACAAACGCUAAUUUGUGCUUCUUUCUGUUAGUUACUGGUGUUUAUCCUUCUACCUUGUGCGAUUUCCUUCUCAUAUUUGACAAGUGACAGAUCACUUAUAUAUGACAUUAUGAAGAGUUGAAACACAUUUUCAACAUUCCC